UUACUGAUCAAGCAGGAAAUAAUCAGAAAUACUUUUGUCCAGAAUGAACCGUCCAACUGAAGCCGAGAGAUGAAGAACAUGAACAGAAUCAUCAGUUUCAUGCUUUAUGGUCUGUUUUUGUGCUCCUCGGUUUUCUCUAAUGAUGAUACACAGGUCUCCUGUCAGGUCAGCAAGACUUGUAUCUUACCCUGCAGUUUCACAGCUCAUGAUGACGUUGUCAUCCACUGGAUUCGAGAGACUCCACCAGAGUCCCUGGUUCACUCCUACCAUCACAAACAAGACCAACUGGGAGAGCAGCACCAGAGGUUCAGAGGAAGAACAUCUCUGUUUGAGGACCAGAUCUCCAGAGGAAACGCUUCCCUGCUGCUGAGAGGAGUGAAGGUUCAGGACCAGGGCAGAUAUCUGUGUAACGUCAGCACCGUUACUGGAAAUAAGAAGAACUUCAUCAACCUGAAUGUGAACGACUGGACUGGAGUUAUUGUAGGAGUGGUGGUGGGUGUGCUGCUGCUGCUGGUGGUGGUAUUGGUUACUGGAGUCGUUGGUUACAAACACAGGAAAAGGAGGAGGAGGAAUAAAAGAUAUAAAGACACGGUUCUGGAUCAGUUGGGCAUGAAGAAGCACGACUCAACAGAAGGGCUUAAACAGAGUCUGAUCUCAGCUAUGAAGGAUCGCACAGAAGUUGAGCUUGCUGAGUGCAAACUCUUAAAGACUCACUAUGAAGUCAUUGCGUCCGCUCUGAAGUCCGACCCCUCCCAUCUGACAAAACUGGACCUGUAUAAGAGCUACCUGGAGGAUUCAGGAGUGAAGCUUCUGUCUGAUGGACUGGAGAGUCCAAACUGUAGACUGGAGACUCUCAGGUUGGUUGACUGCAGGUUGUCAGAGAUCAGCUGUUCUUCUCUGGUCUCAGCUCUGAAGUCCAACCCCUCCCAUCUGAAACAUCUGAACCUGAGCUGGAACUACAACCUGCGUGAUUCAGUAGUGAAACAUCUGAGUGGAUUUCUGGAGAGUCCAGACUGCAGACUGGAGACUCUGAUAUUGCAGUGGUGCGGGUUGUCAGGGAUCAGCUGUUCUUCUCUGGCCUCAGCUCUGAAGUCCAACCCCUCCCAUCUGAAACAUCUGUACCUGAGGUUCAACUACAUGCAUGAUUCAGAUGUGAAGCAGCUUUCUGAUCUGGUGGAGAGUCCAGACUACCAGCUGCAGACUCUCAGGUGGAGAGAGACAGAGUGACCAGGACGGAUGAGUCGUGUCCUGAUCUUCCUCAGAGGUUGAAGCAGCACCAGUUUGUGUGGACAGACUCUGACUGGAUCGUGAUGAUGAUGAAGAUGAAGAUGAAGAUGUACAAAGUUUCUGAAUUCCAGCAUUCCACAAACUUCUCAUAUAUUCAUGUAUUUCAUGUUAUGUAAAAAAUCCUUUAUUGUUAUUAUAUUCUUGUUAAAAAACAGUACAUCAAAAUGUAGCAUUUAAUUUGAACUUGAGGUUCCUUCGACAAGCAAGCACUUUGUCUAAAUUCUGGAUGAGUUCUAGUACGGAGGUGCCUACUACAAAUUUACUGACGGAUAAAUGUCUACGCUGCCGCGGCGGAGCUACUCAGCACAGCAGCCAUCUCCUCCACCGAGUCAGGUGGCUCCCCUGGUGUUUUCUUUGUAUUUACAAGUUUCCGUUUCAUUCCAAGUUUUCCUUUUGUUGUUGUCGUGUUUUCAGCUUCGUCAGGUUUUUAAAGUUUCUCUCACUGAUGAAGAGAGAGACAGAAGAGAUCUGUGGAAUUAAAACACAUCAACACAAAUGUUCAACACUUGUUGAUUGAUAGUUGAAAUGGACUCUGAUCUCUUAUUAUAGCGUUUAAAAUGUGAGGAUUUCCAUGCUUUUCAGUAUCCUUGUUGAUGUAGGAAUGGGGCGGGUGUGUUAAUUGGAUUGUCAAUGAGGAUGAUGGAUGCGUACCAGAUGGUGGAGGAGCCGUUUACUGAGUUCUGGGGGGGUUAUGACCAUUGAAUGACCUAAUACAGGUGUGUUUGGAUGUGUUUUAAUGAUCCUGGGGGGAGACGAUGCACCCAGCAGGGUAUGAGGGAGUGGUGUGAGGUCGGGAGGAGGAGGUAAACCGGUUGAAUCUGUCCCCCCCGAAGAGCUUGUCAGCGUUGUCUGGUUCCCUCUGCGGAGCUGAAGGGUACCAGCAGUGAAGAGAAUCUAACAACCCAUGCUGCUCCAUAAAGUUAAAAAGAAUAAAUGAAAUGACACGACUGGAUUCCAGCCACCGUCUCUCCGUCCUCUGGUCCUGCUCUGACCUGCCAGGAAUAACGCUGCCUCUGUUUCAUCCUGGCCUCUUCAGCAUCAAACCAGCACCAAACCAGCAUCAAACCAGCAGCAGCAGGGAUUUCAACCAUGAUCAUAUCUGACCCUGGAGGGAAGUCCAGACUUCUGGAUACCGGCCAUGAACAGUGAUCCAACACUAGACGCUGUGUUGUCAUGGAGACCAGCCAGGUAGAUGAUGGUCCGACUGAAGGCUUCAUCACAGCCGUGGAGCAGCGUUCUCCAUCUCACUAGUUUGUAGUUUCCAUCUAUGGAUCAAAGGCCAAUGGAAAUAACAGGAAUUUGGCAGUUUAAAGAGAUUAAGGCCAAAACAUUAAAGAUAAUGUGCAUUUUUCUUUUAAAUGAUGAUGUCAGAGUUUGCGAUACAAAUUAUAUUGACCUUUUCUUAAAUGUUUUAUUCAAAUGAAGCCUGUAUGGCAUGGUGCUGCCCUCAGAUAACAAACCAUAUAUCUGGACCUCACGCCACUCUGUUAACAUUUUGGAGGGAAUUUAAAUGUUUAAAUAUCACUAGACAUGUCUAUGUCCAAUAAAAAGAGGGGUUAAAGUUCACGUGCAUUCUUAAUUCAUUUCUC